GCUAUGGAGACUCUGACUUGCGCCGCCACUACUUGCGGUAGACAUCACGUGACGAAAUGCAGCCUUUUGAGUGGUUCACCUUCAGGUGAUGACGUCAUUCCGUGAGGUAUCUUGCUGGUCGUCUGUUCGCCGUUCGCCCAUUUUUCUACAGAGACUUGUGACUCGAUUAGCUUCCAAUCACCAUGAGUAUGGGAGGACGUGAGCCUGGUAAGCUGUUUGUUGGUGGGCUGAACUUCAGCACCACUGAAUCUUCUUUGGGUGAGACCUUCAGCCAGUUUGGGUCGAUCUCAGAAUGCAAGAUCAUCACCGAUCGUGAGACAGGGAGAUCUCGGGGCUUUGGGUUCAUCACGUUUGACAGCCCGGAUGCGGCCGCUGCCGCUCGCUCGGCCAUGCACGAGCAGGAACUGGACGGUCGCACGAUACGUGUGGACUAUGCCAACAAGCGGGAGUAUGGCUUUGGUGGUCGCCGCUGAGAGGUCCAUGCAGCAAAGAUGUGCUGAGGGUGGGGUGUGGCACUGUUGCUAAGUAACACCACAAAAGUGGUCGCUGUUGGCCUGGAUACCUCCGUUCUUUGAUGGCGUAAGGAAAAUGUCUUCCGUACCGACAAAACAAACAACACUGGUAUCCAGGCUUCAAGUUCAUGUUCCUCCAACUAUAAUCCAUUGGAGUCUUGUAACAGUUAGUUCUCUUUGGUUGCUGUUUAAUGAGAUGAUGUUCUGACUUGAUAAAAGUGAAGAUUAGUUUGACAUGUAGCUACUUUUGAAAGGAAGGCAAUGUAAGCGCAAGAGCAGCUUGUUUUUUUUGUGGACACCACAGGGGUGGAUCCUUCUAUUCAUUUUGUGUCACAAGAAGCAGUGAUAAAAGGCUAAAAAUGUUGAUUCUCUUUCAGUUUUAUUCAUGUAAAGUACAUCUGUGUAGUUUUUUCCUUGCUUUACGUUUUAGGAAUGUACUUACUUUGUACAAUGAGUUCUCUGUUUUUAUUACGGCUGAGUAGCUAAGAUUGAAAGCUAACUUUGAAAUUUUUUUUUAAAUAUUUUGAAAAGAAAAUCUCUGGUAUGACUCAGAAGUCAAUGAGUAAACUGGUUUAGUCAUUUUUACACCAUUAGGGUUGUAUUUUAUUUUUGAAAACUCUCAUUUGAAUGUGGAAGUAUGGCAAAUGCAAGGAAAGAUUUUUUUGGAGGUAUUGUUGCAAUCUGACAAGCUUAAGAUUUAACAAAAUGCUCAAUGUCAGAUGCCCUCAAUAUAUUUCAGUUUAUAUUGUGAGCCAGGUCUAAGCACUGCAAAUAUCCGUUUUUUGUUUUAUAAUUAUGUGCUCAAAUUUUAAGUACACAAUCAUGCAUGUACUUUCAGUGAACUCAAGUGGAACGUUAGACUUUUCGGAGAAAUCAAAGUUCUAAAUUUUUCAAAGCACCUAUUUUUAUUGAAUAGUUUCUUGCAUUGAGUACGCUGAGAAGGUGACACUAUCUAGAAUCCUUAAUGGUCAUUGGUCACCUGUCAUGAUUUAAUUAAGAGAGAAAAAAAGUUGAGAUUAUUUGACACACACUACAACAUGUGUGGAAGUUCCCUAUGUUUCAUUCCAUGAGAUUAAGUGCCAAUAAUUAUGUAGAGUAACUUUCUUGAUAAUCUCCAAUUUUUGCUACCCUUAGAUGUAGCUGUAAUGUCUAUGAUCUGUGAGGUCUCAGAAUGAUGUAAUGUGUAGUGGGUAUCUGAUGAGCUAUUUUCCUAAAUUUGUUUGCUACUUGGAUUUUGUAAACUGGUUUGCUAUUGAAGAUGUACAAAGUCAUGUCUGAAUAAAACAAGAUGAACAACACAA